CAAUUCAAUGUUAUGUUAUUCAUGCAUUCGGCGAGUGCAAUUAGUUUUAAAUUCAUUACGAAUUGAGACUGCAAGCUGUCUACUGAUUUUUGCAAAAAGUUGUCCUCCGUCAAUUUAAGUCAACCAAGAUGGCUGAGGCACUUCGUGGCCCGGAAGAAUGGGUUCCACUUACACUCGAGAAUCGUAAAAAGAUUUCCCCCGACACUUUUCUGUUUCGGUUUAAGCUCCCAUCGCCAGAUCACAUCUUAGGUCUUCCGGUUGGACAAAAUAUUCAGGUCCGGUCAGGUCAUAAGGUAAAUGGGGAGGACGUCAUCCGAGCCUACACUCCGGUUUCCUCGAAUGACGAUAAGGGUUUUAUGGACCUUCUCAUCAAGGUCUACUUUAAAAAUGUGCACCCUAACUUCCCAGACGGUGGAGUCAUGUCUCAAUUCAUUCAUGGGCUUCGAGUUGGAACUACGUUAGAUGUUCGUGGGCCUACGGGGAGAUUGUUGUACUACGGGCAAGGCAAAUUUUCAACUCGACCCGAUAAGAUAACAGACUAUUCUCAACCAAUUGCUGUCGCCAAAGUGAACAUGAUCGCAGGUGGGUCAGGAAUUACUCCUAUGCUCCAAAUUGUGCGUGCCAUUCUAAAGGACACAUCUGACCUGACUAGUAUCGCUUUGCUCUUUGCGAAUAAAAGUACUGACGACAUCUUGUGUCGCGAAGAGUUGGAAGAGAUUCGAGACAAGUGGCCACACCGAGUCAAACUUUGGUUUACAUUGGACAGUCCACCAAGCGAAGGAUGGAAAUAUGGGAGCGGAUUCAUAACAGCGGAGAUGAUAAAAUCUCAACUGUUCCCCCCAUCAGAUAACACAAUAACGCUUAUGUGUGGACCCCCACCAAUGAUCCAGUACGCAUGUAAUCCAAAUCUUGAUAAAUUGGGUUAUCCAGCGGAACGAAGACAUGCUUAUUAAUAUACCACAAAAUGCACUACAUUAUUGAUCAAUAUAAAUGCAUGUUUAAAUAAGUAUAUGAGAAGACAACUACUAUUUGAAUAAAUUAAUUGUUCACAACGCUA